AUGGCCAUGGCCAACAUCCUCCGACGGCCAGGCAACCUUGCUCGAUUCUCAAGAACCGCCACAGCAUCCAGCUGCCGCGCAAGUUUCAUAUCUGUACGAACACCUCAAUCGAGGCUUUCAUCCCCUCUCACAUACAUCCGCGUCCGAAACUACGCCACCAAUGGCCCCAGCGGCCCGACGCCUCCGAACAACAAGCCCAACAGCACCCAGAAGAAAGAUGACGCUUCAACAGAGCCGAAGCCGACGUCGGCGUUGAACGAGCAGGACCAAAAGAGUGUGGAUGUAUUCAUUAAUCAUCUGUUGAAACUCGCACCAGAGUCACAGCGAGACAGCGUCGAAACUCUACGUAAACAAUUGAACCGGGAUGGGAUACCGGCAGACAUGCGACCAUUCAUUGAGAAUAUUUCCACCCUGUCUGUGAUGGAUCAUCUCCGUUUGAUGCGAACUUUGUUUAACUAUACCGCCAAGAAUGACGCCGCUGAAAUUGAAGAAUCUACGAAGAAAAUUGAAGAAGAGUACGAAGAAGGUCUAGCUCGUCUGAAGAAGACGACGGGGAUACCGUCAGCUGAGGACAAACUGAAUAAAGUUAAUAUCGAGGCUGAGAAAGCUAAGCUCGAAGCUGAAAAGCUCGAGAAGCUCAAGAACCUACACAAAAAGGUUGCUUUUGGCCAGAAAGAACAGGAACAAAAUAGCGAAGGGGAAACUGGUCAGCAGAAGAAGGACCAGAAGCAGAAGCAGCAGAUUCCCCCCAACGCCAAAGUAUUCGAGUUUAAAUUCGACCCCGCUUCCUUCCUCGUCACCUCAAUCGUCACAUACUACAUCUACCGAAGCUUUUUCCCCGGCGAUGGUAGCAGCAAAGAAAUUACUUGGCAGGAGUUCCGCUCGAACUACCUUGACAAGGGUCUUGUGGAGAAGUUGACUGUUCUCAACCGAAGCAAAGUCCGGGCUGACCUCAACCGCGAGGCUUCAUCCCAGGCUUACCCCGAUUCCAACGGCCAGCCUGUAACACAUGUGCAGUUUAGCAUUGGAUCCACUGAUACCUUUGAAAUGAGGCUAGAGAAUGCACAAAACGAAUUGGGCAUCCCAUCUCAUGAGCGCAUCCCGGUUGCCUAUGUUGAUGAAGUUCCUUGGGGUAAUGCGCUCAUGUCCUUGGCCCCUACUCUGCUUUUUAUUGGUGGUAUUUACUGGUUCUCGCGACGUGCUGGUGGCGGUGCUGGCGGCCAGAGUGGAAUAUUUGGCAUGGGCAAGAGCCGCGCAAAGCGAUUCAAUCACGAAAGUGAUAUCAAGAUCAAGUUCGCCGACGUUGCCGGUAUGGAUGAGGCUAAGGUUGAGAUUAUGGAAUUUGUCAGCUUCCUUCAGCAGCCUGAGCGGUUCCAACGACUUGGUGCUAAGAUUCCCCGUGGUGCUAUUCUCUCUGGUCCACCCGGUACUGGUAAAACACUGCUUGCAAAGGCCACUGCCGGUGAAUCUGGCGUGCCUUUCUUCAGUGUCAGCGGUUCCGAGUUCGUCGAAAUGUUCGUCGGUGUCGGUCCGUCUCGUGUCCGUGACCUGUUCGCAAAUGCCCGAAAGAACACUCCUUGCAUUAUCUUUAUUGAUGAGAUCGAUGCCAUUGGCAAGUCUCGUUCAAAGUCGAAUAUGGGUGGCGGUAACGAUGAGCGCGAAAGCACCCUGAACCAGAUCCUUACCGAGAUGGACGGUUUCAACACAUCAGAUCAGGUUGUUGUGCUCGCCGGUACCAACCGACCUGAUAUUCUUGACAAGGCCCUUAUGCGCCCUGGCCGUUUCGAUCGUCACAUCAACAUUGACCGUCCUACUAUGGAAGGUCGUAAGCAGAUCUUCCGCGUUUACCUGAAGAAGAUUGUCUCCGACGAAAACAUGGAGUACUUGGAAGGAAGACUUGCCGCUCUGACCCCUGGCUUUGCCGGCGCUGAUAUUGCCAACUGCGUGAACGAGGCUGCUCUUGUCGCUGCCCGUGAGAAUGCCGACAAGGUUGUCAUGAAGCACUUCGAACAAGCUAUCGAGCGUGUUAUCGGUGGUCUGGAGAAGAAGUCCCUCGUGCUGUCGCCUGAAGAGAAGCGGACCGUUGCCUAUCACGAGGCAGGCCACGCCAUCUGUGGCUGGUACUUCAAAUGGGCGGACCCCUUGCUUAAGGUGUCCAUCAUUCCUCGUGGACAAGGAGCAUUGGGUUAUGCCCAGUACCUCCCUGCUGGUGGUGAUACCUAUCUGAUGAACGUCAACCAGAUGAUGGACCGUAUGGCCAUGACUCUGGGUGGCCGUGUCAGUGAGGAGCUCCACUUCGAGACUGUGACCAGCGGUGCCAGUGAUGACUUCAACAAGGUCACUCGCAUGGCUACCGCCAUGGUCACCAAAUUCGGUAUGUCGAAGAAGCUUGGCUACAUCUACUACGAAGAGGAUGGACAACAGCAACUUCACAAGCCUUUCUCCGAAGAUACCGCCCGCACCAUUGAUGAGGAGGUCCGCAACAUUAUCGCACAGGCCUACCAGCAAUGCAACACCCUUUUGACAGCGAAGAAGAAGGAAAUCGGCAUCGUUGCCGAGGAGCUUCUGUCCAAGGAAGUUCUCGGCCGCGAUGACCUGAUUCGUCUCCUCGGCCCACGUGAGUGGCCCGAGACAGGAGAGUUCGCAAAGUACUUCGAUGGCAAGGGCGGCGCCACCAUCGCUCCUCCAGAACCAACUCUGGAUCCCAAAGAACCCGCUGGCAAGGAUCAGACCCCGUCGAUUUGA